AUGCUUCUCUUGAACGCUUUCUUCACCCCUCUCAACAUUCUCUUCCUCCUCGUAAACAUCUACACAAUCUACGUCCUCCUCCGACCGACCCCGCCUCCGGUCCUUCCGAAAGAGCCGCCCGCGACCGUCUUCCGCGUCUUCAACCCGCGCACCCUCCUCCCCUUUACCGGCGAGAACGAUACACCCAUCUACCUCGCCGUCCGCGGCCGCGUCUUUGACGUCUCACACGGUCGCAACUUCUACGGACCCGGCGGACCCUACUCCAACUUCGCCGGCCGGGAUGCUUCGCGCGGCCUGGCACUCGGCAGCUUUGACGAGGAUAUGUUGACGGAGGAUCUGGACGGUCCGUUGGACCCGCUUGAAGGACUGGGACCGGACGAGAUUGAGGCGCUUCAGGGAUGGGAAGAGAACUUUGAUAGCAAGUAUCUUGUUGUCGGCAGGCUUACUGCCGUCGGUGAUGAGGAGAAAUAG